AUGAGACAGGCAACUAACUGGCUAGACCUCACCCUCAACAGCGCAUGCGCCCGCCGCUUGGCUCUCCGACAGUGUUUUUGUAGCGCUUCUAUUUCUGCAGAGGCCCUGCAAAACAGCCCAGCGUCUCUAGCGGGCACAGCAAUCUACAGCUCCUCACUGCUCAGGCUGCCGCCCCCUGACAAGGCAGAUGAGGGGCCCCUGGGGGCCCCGGGGGCCCCGGGGGGCCCCGGGGCCCCGGGGGCCCCCGGGGCCCCGGGGGCCCCCGGGGCCCCUGUUGAAGAUGAGUGCAUUUAUUUGACUCGGCUGAUUCAAAGUGCCAUAUUCGGGGCAGUGUUUGCUGCAGUGGCGCACUCGCAGGAAGACCCGAACAGCAGCAGCAGCAGCAGCAGCAGCAGCAGCAGCGGCAGCGGGGGCAGCCGGCCAAAGAGCAGCAGCAGCAGCAGCAGCAGCAGCAGCCGCAGCAGCAAGGUGGCAGUGAAGAUCCUGUCGCUGGCAAUGUUCUUGAGAAGCAGCCCUUCGCUGCAAGAAGACUUUCUUUCGGAAUUGACAUUUUAUGAAUGUCUAAAAGGCCACCCCAACAUUGUGACACCUUCUCGGGUGUACGUGGACCUGCAGCAGCAGCUGCUGCUGCUGCUGUUUCCUCUCGCGGAGUUCGAAGACCUUUUCGAAGUCCUCAAGAGAAGGAGGGAGGCCUUCAAGGAGGCCGAGGUGCGCUGGAUAGGCCGUCAGCUGUUGGACGCAGUGCUGUUCCUGCACAGGCGGGGAGUCGCAAUGAGGGACUUGUCGCUGGAAAACGUGCUGAUAUUCCGCUGCGAACAAACGGGGGCCAUCGUGCCUUGCCUGACAGACCCUGGGCAGGCAGUGGUGGCUUUGCCUGCGCGCACUGCUGCUGCGCUUGCUGCUGCAGAGCAGCAGCAGCAGCAGCAGCAGCAGCAGCAGGACAGCCUCGACGGCCUCAAACCCGCAGCCAUCAGAGACACCAGCCUCAUUGUGGCCAAAGCCCUGGCCCCCGAAGCAGCAGCAGAACGCCUCAGCCCUCCCAAAGUGCUGCUGCCCCCCAACAAGCUCUUCGGCAAAAGCUUCAGGCCCCCGGAGGUCUACACCCGCAAGCCGUACGACCCCUUCAAGGUGGACAGCUUCUGCCUGGGCUGGAUGCUUUACUACUGCCUGACGAAGCAGCAGCUGUUUCGAAGGGCUCAGGCUUCUGACGAGGGCUGGGCAAUGCUGGCUUCGGAGCAGCAGCAGCAGCUGUGCGGGCUGCUGCAGCAGAAGAACGGCAGCCGCUUGUCUGCUGCUGCUGUCGACUUCGUGCUGCAGCUGCUCAAGCCAGACCCAGCCAAAAGGCUCUCCGUCUUGGAAGCUUUGAGGCAUCCUUUUAUAGCAAAGGGCAGCGCCAGCGUGGUUUACGCGCACAAUUUGCUGCCGCCGCUGCAGCAGCAGCCGCAGCAGCAGCAGCAGCAGCAGCAGCAGCACUUGGACCCAGAAACCAAGCGGCUGCAGCAAGAAAUCCAAAGACGCGAGCAGCAGCAGCAGCAACAACAGCAGAAACACCAGCAGCAGCUCGCGCUCUCCCGAUUCAUGCAGCAGAAGGCACACGUCUUGCAGCAGCAGCGGAUGAAGGAGUUCCAGAAGCAGCAGCAGAAGCUGCUGCAGCAGCACCAGCAGCAGCGCAGUGCAGCAGCUGCUGCAGCAGAUGCCUGGGCAGAGAUACACCCCCAGCACCUCAAGUACGAACAUCAGCAGCACAAAGUGAGCAGGGAGCAGCAGCAGCAGCAGAAGCAGCAGCAGGAGCAGCUGCUGCUGCCGCAGCAGCCUAGGCGCCCAUCCUUCAACAUCCCCAAGAAGCCGCUGCAGUACGCGCAGCAGCUGCUGCACCACCGGCAGCAGCAGCAGCAGCCGCAGCAGAAGCAAAAAUGUGCCUGCUGCUGCACCUCUUCAGAGGACGAGCGAAGCACUGAUGCUUCAGCAGCCCGCACCCCUUAUGGAAGCAACGACAGCACGCGCACAAAAGAGCAGCAGCAGCAGCAGCAGCAGCAGCAGCAGCAGCAGCAGCAAGUGUACAACUUGGGGGCCCUUCCCGCCCUUGGGGGCCCCCCGGCGCCUCCCCCCAUCUCCAGGGCUGCCGCCUUCGGCGAACUGCCAGGGGGCGGAGGCGCAGCAGCAGCAGCAGCUGCCCGAGCAGCAGCAGCAACAGCAGCAGCUGCAGCAACAGCAGCAGCAACCGCUGCAGCAACGGCAGCAGCAACAGCAGUAGCAGCAACGUCAGCGUCCCCAGUGUAUCCCGCGGGAGACGAGGCCCCGUCGCUGCCUCUGCAUGCCCUCAGCAGCCCCACACUUUCUGCUGCCAGCACUGCAGCAAACAGCAGCAGCAGCAGCAACAGCAGGGGGCGCGGCUCGGGGACUCUGCAGCAGCAGGCAAAGAGCAACGGCAGCAGCAGCAGCAAGAGCUGCGCUGCUGCUGCUGCAGCAUCUGUGGCACAGCCCCCGCCGUCUCGGCACUCGAAUGGCCUCAAAGGUUUCUUAUCGAAGAGCAGCAUCAUCAGCAGCAGCAGCAGCACGACCAGCAGCAGCAGCACGAGCAGCAGCAGCAGCAGCAUCAGCGGCAUGCAAAACGUCCGCAGCGCUCUCAGCGUGCUGCGGGUUGGAAACCGCAUCAGCAAAGUCUUAAGCUCGAGAGGCAGCAGCCUCUGGGGCAGCAGCAGCAGCAGCAGCAGCAGCAACUCGGCAGCAGCAAAGCUCGCCACCACACCUCCCCGGCAGGCCGCGCAGCGUUGA